AAAUUCUAACAACCUCAAUUAAAUUCUAUACACGAUUUCAGUUAAAAUCUAUGUAGAGUUUGUAGAAUUCAAUCAAACUCAAUUAAAUUCAAUUAAACUCCAUCUGAAUCUAAAUUGAAUUGAAUUUAAUAAAUUUUUUAAGCGCAGCACUCCUAAACGCCACCUUAGGUUUUUCUUCCUCCUCCGAUCCCAUUUUAUCUGUUUCUCCUUCAGCCAUCACGCCGCCAAACCUCUCUCUCAGCCGCCGCGCCGCUCUCAGUCGCCGCCGUCACGCAGCUUCCACUUUGUAAUCUCCUCUUCAUCUCAGCUAGCUCUCUCUCUCUCUCUCUCUCUCUCUCAGCUCUUCUUUGAUUCUCUGACCCGCUGGAAAGAAUCUGUUUUGUUAUUUUGUGGCCUCACGCAAUGAUUUAGGCAAUUUGUGGCUUCAGCCUUCACCCCAAAGAUUUUAUGAUUUAGGCCAAAUAGUAGCUAUUAUGGUUUGUAGUUUUUCAAACUGUGAUUAUAAAUUUUCAAUUUACAGAAUUACAAAAUAUAAAUUGUACUUUUGUUUGUACCUUAAAACCGGAUGAGGCCACUGGCCCUUUCCCUGAAGCUGUGCUGCUUAAAGAGAAGAAAGUUCAGGAAGAUGGUAAACUUCUCAGAAGAAUGUGAGAUUUUGUUUUCAUCACUAUGCAGAGAAGGUAUAUGAAUUUUUGAAGCUUCAGAACCAGGAGCCACAAGAACCGAACCGGAAGGGGCAGGUCCGGGUUGGUUUGUUCUUGCCACCGAACUGGUCUUCAUUUCCGGUUCAGGUUCCGGUUUCACGAGAAAACCGGUAGCGCUAGUUUAAGCUUUCAUUUUCUUCGAUUCUCUGGUUUUCUUCGCUGGCUACAAAAGCUAUGCAAGCCCUUAAACGCAUAGCGACAAAGACCGAGUUCCAGAGACUCUCAUCCACAAUCACCAAAACCCAUUUCAUAUCCAGCACCAAUUUCAGACCCUUCUCCUCCAACUCAAAGAAAGGCGACGACGACUGGAACGAAGCCUGGGAGACAGCGUGGCUCCCGCCCGACCUCUCGGGAAGUAGUAGCAGAGCUCCGUGGGAGACCGACGUCAAUUUCUCGUCUUCAGAGUCGAGCGUAGUGCUUCCCUCGGACGCGGACCUAGAGACCAAGGCGUUCGUGGAGGACAUGAAUGAGAAUUGGAAUGAGAGAAGAAAACCCAAAGAGGAAAAGCAGCAGAGUGAGAAUGGGUCGUCGCUUUAUAGCUUGGAUAGUAUUAAGAAGGAUUAUAGGAUCAAGAAACAAAGGAUUCAUGCUGGCCUUUGGAUGAAGGAGAUUGAGAAGCAAGAGGAGGCUAAGUUGGCCGACUUGAAUUCUUUUGGUGGUGGGGAUGAUAUCGAGCGAUUGCUCGAUAGCUGCUCCGACAUUUUUGAUUCUGCCAACAAUGAUUUGGAAAACUCUAAAGCCCCGAGUGCUUCUGACUUCAAAAACAAACCGGAUGGUUGGGAAACGACAUCCAAGGCUAAGGAUGGAAAUGUAUGGGAGAUGACACAGAGAGAGGAAGAUAUUCUUCUCCAAGAGUUUGAGCGUCGAAUUGCAUACAAUAAAUUUCAGAUUGCUAGUUUUAUCAAGACUCACAUAUUUAGCCGGAGGAGACCAAUUGAUGGGUGGAAAUACAUGAUAGAGGAGCUAGGGCCAAAUGCGAGGAAAGGGAAGGGUUCUGUUACAAGAUUACCGAGUCUAUCCGAUGCAUCAACCCAACCCUUUAAGGAGGAAAACAGUGCAAUGAGCGGCAGCAGCAUUAUGCCCUUUAAGGAGAGGUAGUUUGCUAUUGGAUUAUGUUCGUGUAUUCCUGUGUGCUCGGAGAUUUCAGAGAUUGGGCAGUAAUGACCUUCCUUUCUUUAGAGAUACCAGCGUCGAAAGUAUUCGUAGCUACCAUAUACAUUCAUUCUGGCAAUUUUGAUCUCUGGCUUUCUCAAUGUAUGAUCGUACCAUCCUGUAGGCAACUGAAAGUGCAAUUAAUGUAAGUGAAAGAAUGUAUGCAUUUCCUUCAAACCUGCUGUUCCGACUUCUGAAUGGCAUAUUAACUUAUAAGCCUUCAAUAUGGUUUCAAUGUAAAGAAUACCCUUUUGCA